AUGAAAGCUUUUAUGCUUCUACUGUACUUGGUUCCAUUGGCUUUUCUUGUUGGCGUUCUCCCCAUUGCCAAGAUCCUUAUUGGCCAUAUCAGAAUGGCAUUGGUAAUGUCGAAAGAAGACGAAUGGGCAUCUUACAUGUGGUGGAACUGGUGGGGUUCAUGGCUCUUCUGUGCGGGCCCAUUUGGACGAUGGAUAAUUGGCACAAUCCUUGGCUAUAUGGUGAUAAAGGGCAAGCGCCAACAGCCACUACCUGGUUAUCCUGGUCAACUUAUUGAAGAGCCACAUUUGAGGGUACUUAUGACAGCGUUCUUUGCAGCGCUUUUAUCCAUAUUUGCUGUUGGUCUAGCGAUCAUGUCGAUGUAUAAGAUUCUCUGCGGGUUAACUUUCUUAGAGAGUUUGAGACCUCCUUCUCCAGAUCGUUUGGAUAGUUCAAAUCCUUACCUUGUUUGCCUACCACGAACAGCACCAGAAGAGAGCAUUACCAUUAAUAUCCUCACUGCCUCCCAGAUUUUACACAUGGCCAAAGCUUAA